AUUUUCGAUAUCCUGACAACUAUAUAAUUAUUUUAACCUUGUGGUGCGGCUAGAAUCGCCCGUUAAAGUUGAAUUUUUAUUUUUUGAUAUGCGGCCGCAUCCAAUAAUUUUUAUUAUUUGUUUUAUGCCCAAGCGAGAUCCCCCUGCUAGCGCUGGCAAUGUCUCACCGGACGAGGGGAUAGAGGGGCCACCGCGAAACCUCCAAGUAUUACAAACGUCAAAGGACCUCUCUUUCUCACACAAACCAAACACCAUUCUCAACUUCAGCUACUCAGAUUUACAUUCAAAUCAAAUUACUUCCAAACUUCGAAAUGCAGUUCUCCAAGAUCGUCCUCGCUUUUGCCUUUGCUCUUGGCGUUAUGAGUAUGCCAACUGCUAAUAUCGAGGCUCUCGGUGUCCGUGAGCCGGAACCUCACUUAACUGAUGCCAAUGUCGUUCUUGGUUGCGAGCGUGAUGCCGACGUUUACUAUGACACCGGCUGUUGAAUGAACGGAUUUUGCUGAAUGGAAGAGCUGCUAUCUGAUCUUCAAAGGCGUUUAGCAUCUUCCAGCAAACGCGGUUCAAAGUCUGGUUCUUGUCCGGGAUAGUUGUUUGAAAUGGUUGUGGAAAUUGUGGAAGCUGCUGAGGUUGGAGAUGGGGAGAUUUAGUCUAAAAAAAAGAAUGCAAAGUACUCAUUGCCUUUACCCGAAA